UGAGGACCAACAUGUCUGUAGAUGCGACCAAGUUAUUGUUUGAAGGCUUCCUGCAGAAAAGAAAAGAUACUUUGAAAAUAAAGUGGGUGACAUAUUGGUUUAGGCUUCAAAAUACGACUUUGUUCUUCUAUACCAAGGAGAAUGGCAGCGCUCCAUACUUGAGAGGCUAUUACUACAUUUACACAGUGCAGUCAGUGCGAGAGGUCCAGAGAGCUGGCAGCAAGCGCUUUAUGUUUGAGAUUAUCAUGACAAACGGAAAGAGAAAAAUGUUGGCAGCAGAUACAGCAGCUCUCAGAAAGGAGUGGGUUGGACACCUUUGGCAAGCCAUGCAUCUUUCUACCUCUCAAGUUUCAUCUAGAGGCAGACACCUUGAAGAGUGUGAACAGCGAGACAGAUUAAACAGCAGCACACACAUCUGCUCACACAGUGACAGUGUGAUGGAGUCUCUGCCUGCCCGGCCCCUCUCGGCCCCCACUCCUUCGGUCCAAAUCCACUGUGAAACCAUGCACCUGUUUCAGGAGCUGAACAGUGAGGAGGCCACGUAUCAAAGCACGCCAUCAGCCUGUAACUCCCAACAUCAAAGUGUUGACAGUCUCAAUAAUCCUCAGUGGUCCGGUGGGUUGAGCAAUGCAGAGAACAGAGAAGGAGACUAUGACGUUUUACCAGUUAGAAAAAAGAAAUGUGAGAUCAGCGUUUCAACAGAGAUGGACGAGGGCGUGUAUGACUUUCCUCUCUCUUACAGGAGGUCUAUUGAACAACAAGACCCAGCAGAGAGCAUCUAUGAUGUGCCAAGCAAUUUUUUGAGGAAAAUGCCUGAUCACACGAUAGAGGAGCAGCACGAGGAGGAACUCUACUGCAGGAUCUAAUGUCCAGUUUGUGGACUGCCAGAGGUGGACAGGAGCGUAGUCUUUGUACAGAAG